GGACACCAGUCAUUAGAUUAGGGGCCCACCCUAAUCCAGUUAGAUCUCAUCUUGAUUACAUCUACAAAGACCCUGUUUCCAACUAAAGUCACAUUCACAGGUACUGGGGACAAAGAUGUCAACAUAUCUUUUGAGGGACACAAUUCAACCAACAACAGUGAUUAUGACUCUGCAAGUUUGUGUGUCGUGUACAUGAGUGUGUGCGUGAAAUUGGGUGUUUAUGUGGGUGUGUAUAAGUGUGAGGGAGCAGUGAGAGUAUGUGUGUGCGUGUGCUUGUGGGAACACAUCUCUAGUUGUGCUUAUGUGGCUGCAGACAUGUGUACAAGAGCAUGUGUGUACCUGUGGCCCUGUGUCCAUGGCUUGGACAGCCUUCCUGAAGGGCUGAGGAGGGUGGCAAGGCAGCAUGAGGGCCUCAGGCCUGGCUCCCUGCUCCCAGCUGGGGCGGCCCCAUGAAUCCAGAGGGCGGAGGACUCGCUGUGAGAAGCAAGGACAAGGGUGUUUGCUGAGCUGAGUACAGACUAGUAGGCUGAGGCGGUGGCUCCAGGCAGCAGCGUGGUUCCCAGGUCCUCUUCCAGGAACGUUCCUAGAAGGCCCCUCCACCCAAGCUCCCGUCCCCUGUGCCCCAUUUGCCUGGAUGGGGCGGUGCUGACUGACUCAUCCCCUCCCAGGGCUGGAAGCCAGCACUCAGCUACCUGUUGGGCCAGUCAGGUAGGGGCGGGGCAGCCAGACAGCCCCUCCCAGGCCCUGCCCCCAGGCCAAUCCAGAGCAACACCCUAUCAGCCCCUAUGCCUGGCCAGGGCUGGACCCCAGGAAGUGGAGAAAACCAGCAGUGAGCACAUGCUCAGGUUGGUGAGGAAGGAAGGAGUGGAUGGAUGUCUCUUUUCACCACAAGACCCCCAGGCACAAGCAGUACUUGGCUAUACCUACCCUGCUGAAGGCCAGAACAUCCAGGAGAUAUGGUGAGACUUCAGCUACAGGGGCCAGGCCCAGGUCAAGAGCCACACAGGAUGGGGACCCCACCUCCCAAGUCCCCAGGUCCAUCAACCCUAGAGAACCUGCAGCCCCGAGUGCCAAGAAACAGGACCCAUCCAUCCGUAGGAGAAGGCUCCGGCGCCUCCCGCGGCAGGAGUCGCUUCUCCGCGGCCUCUUUCGUCCCCUGCGUCCCUACCCGGGCUUCCGAGAGUCUGACUCACCCGAGCCCGCAUCGCUUCACCUCCUACUGCACACCCGGAGCGCGCGGAGAAAUUACAGGAUUGCAGGGGCACGGCUUGUGCUCUCUAAAUACCCACCGCCGCUCUCCUCCGCGGCGCUCGGCGGCACGGGGACAACGCGCCGUAAUUAGGCCGCCCCUCCCGGGUCCCGGAACCCGUCCCCCGUCCCCUGUCCCCAGUAGCGCGCGCGUCGGUUCCUCCCGCUGCUUCCUGCCGCCCUCCAGGACUGACCCCUUGGUUCCAGGAGAGAGCUAUGAGACCCCACCUGGGGUGGGGGGAGGGGAGGACUUGGAGACCGGUCCCUAGGCCUGAAGUGGGGAAGCCGGCCCCUCCCCUCCCCUAAGCCUACAGUCUUUGAAUCUCUGCAGGAAGGGACUGGGAGGGUGGGGAGGUGGCAGGACCCUCUCGUAGACAUGGUCACUGAGGCCGAUUGGAAAGUUAACUGUCCCGGGCGGGGGUGGGUAGGGCACCCGGGCAAUAGUAUCCCAUUUUGCACUGAAGGCUCAGAAAAGUAAAGGCUCUCAGGGAAGACCACCCAGCCAGAACUUCCAGAUCAGCUCAUUUAAGGAGUCGGACAGGCUCCUUCCCCUGACUGGGGAAUUGCAUUCCUGCGAAGAAAGGUGAUACCCCCGCCGCAGACGAGUGCUGGCAGCCGACCAGCUGUGGCCUGUUGGCCACAAGGGAGCUGGUGAAGUGUGGCUCAAGUCUUCCAUCCCAGGAAGGGUGGGAAGAGGCCCUGAAGACACAGAAGCCAAGCCUGGUGGCCGGCACUUGAGGGGAGCAACUUGGCUGUCAGCUUCUUUAUCCAAACCAGGCUCGAACCACUCCACUAUCAGGAAUUUUUUCCUGAUGCCCAGGGCGUUGCAAACCGAUGGCCAUGGGCCAAGUUUAAUCUUUAGUGAGGUUUUUUUGACCUUCAGUGAGUAUGUGGUUUUUAUAUUCUACAGACAAUGUGGGCUGCCCUCCCCAUUGGCAAAGACCAGUGUGGCCAGACUAGGUCCCCAAAGUCAUUUGAGUUUGAGACCUUGAUUUAGACCAGCCCACCUGGCCUGUGCCUUUACCCUUUUCCUCAUUUUCUAGGAUCUCAGUCUGCACUAUUGCACCUUUGUAGUUUUUGCAUGUUUCUCAGUAAGCGUGCCAAGAUGAGUGUCCCUCCGAGCCCCUCUUUAUGCUCCCUACAUGUGGUGGCACUGGUGGUUGCAUAUGCUUCUGGAAACCCCUCUGGCAGCCACUUUUUUCAUCUUGAAUAUCAGUCUCUGCCUUGGGUAGGCACCAGAUCUUUUCCAGCAGGGGUGACAUGGUAUUUUCUGCCAUGAGACUAGAGGUUCCUUGAAAGCAGGAUAUUGGAUCUCUCCCUCAGACUGGGGUCUCCCUGAGGGCUAGGGGAAUGGGGUGUGGAGGUAGUAUCUUCCAUCAUAGGGAGCUCCCUGAGGGUGGAGCUGUGUCUCCCCUCAGACUGGGGCUCCUUGAAGGCAUUGGAUUCUCCCCUCAGACCAGGGCUCCCUGAGGGCAGGGCUGUGUCUCCCCUCAGUCUGGAGCUCCUUGAAGGCAUUGGAUUGUCCCCUCAGAUGGGGCCUUUGCACCCCAUCUCACCCCUCUGGCUCUCGACUGCGCCCAGGCAUUCCUCCCAGGACACCGUUUGUCACGCUUCGAUGAGUGAAACCUACUAAGAAUAACUCAGUCCUUGUAGUCUCUAAAGGACAGGGGGGUUGGAGGGGGCGGGCGGAGACUGGUGAUUGUGGAGAGGCUGGUGGAGGAUGGACGCAACUAUUCAUUCAAUAGCAUUUUCCCAGGUGCCCAUCUGGACACUGGCAGGAGCCACAGGGGGUGCCACAGAGCCCCCUACCGUGCCAUUCCUGCUGUUGCCAGUAGGGGGAUGGCUACAGGAUUCCUGAGAUAGAAAUGCCACCCCCCUUCUUCACAGCCUUCCCACCCCAGAAGUCAUCACCUCAGUGCCACCCAGCCCUCUGUAUGCCUGCCACCAAGUCCCUCUGCCUGGAAGUCAGGUGCUUGGGGUGGGGGACUGCUUCCAAUGGGACAGGCGCUGUGGCAGGGGGUGCCUGUGGAGCAGCCUUCAUCUUCCUCCUGAGGAGAACUGUCAGACUGACCACGGGGGAAGGGAGAAGCGGUCUCAAAAUGACAGGAGGGUAGUUGGUGUUUUAAUUGGGGGAUGGGGUAUGAGUGACCCAGAGGAUGAACCCCUGUCCCCCACCCCCACUCCACUCUUCCUCCCUCAUCCUGCCCAUUUCCACUCCCAAACCUCAAGCUUCCAGUUAAGAACUGAGGGAACUUUCCAAUGCAACUGUUCUCCCAGGCACUUCACAGGGGGCCCAUGGGGUGGGGAGGCUGUGACCUUAACCCGCGUCUCUGGAUGAGGCCUUCCUGGCAUUCCACCCUCACCUGCCACCUCUUGAGAGGGACAUUUUGGCCUGGUCAGCCUGUGAGCCAGGCAGCCUGGUAUGAUACCAGCUCUGCCACUGAUCCCACUGUGACCUUGAGAAGCCCUUUGCUCCCUGGGCCUUAGUUUCCCCACACAUAAAAUGAG